AUGUCAGACCCAGUGAUCAAGUCCCUUUUGGACACAGAUAUGUAUAAGAUUACAAUGCAUGCUGCGGUCUUUACUAAUUUUCCAGAUGUUACAGUUACCUAUAAAUAUACCAACAGAUCUUCUCAAUUUUCCUUCAAUAAAGAAGCUAUAACUUGGUUAAAAGAGCAAUUGCCGUACCUGGGCGAUUUGAGAUUUACAGAAGAAGAAAUUGAAUAUCUACAAAAGGAGAUCCCAUAUUUGCCAUCUGCUUAUAUCAAGUAUAUUAGUGACUCUGACUACAAACUUAAUCCUGAGGAGCAAAUUUCUUUCACUUCAGAAGAAAUUGAGGGCAAGCCUUCGCACUACAAGUUGAAGAUUUUGGUUAGUGGUUAUUGGAAAGAUACCAUGCUUUAUGAGAUUCCCUUAUUGGCGUUGAUCUCAGAAGCAUAUUUUAAGUUUGUCGACACUGAUUGGGACUACGAAAACCAAUUAGAACAAGCUAUGCAGAAGGCUGAAAAUCUAUUUGAUAACGAUAUCAAAUUCAGUGAGUUCGGUACUAGGCGUCGCAGAUCUUUGAAGACUCAAGAUUUGAUUAUGCAAGGCAUCAUGAAAGUUGUUAAUGCAAACCCAGAAAAGAAUAAAGCAUUAUUUUUGGGUACCUCGAAUGUUCUUUUUGCCAAAAAGUACGGAGUUAAACCAAUCGGUACUGUGGCCCAUGAAUGGGUCAUGGGAGUUGCCUCAAUUAAUGAAGAUUAUUUGCAUGCCAAUAAGAAUGCCAUGGAUUACUGGAUCAAUACAUUCGGAGCAAAAAAUGCUGGUUUAGCAUUAACCGAUACUUUUGGCACAGACGACUUCUUGAAGUCGUUCUAUCCGCCAUAUUCAGAUGCCUAUGUUGGUGUUAGACAAGACUCUGGAGAUCCAGUUGAAUAUACUAAAAAGAUUGCGCAUCACUAUCAUGACGUCUUGAAACUACCUAAAUUUUCGAAGAUUGUCUGUUAUUCCGAUUCAUUGAAUAUCGAAAAGGCAAUCACUUACGCUCACGCGGCCAAGAAAUAUGGGAUGUUGGCCACAUUUGGUAUUGGCACAAACUUCACAAAUGAUUUUCAUAAAAAAUCAGAACCGCAGGUAAAGAGUGAACCAUUAAAUAUUGUUAUCAAACUACUGGAGGCGAAUGGUAAUCAUGCUAUCAAGAUUUCUGAUAAUUUAGGUAAGAAUAUGGGAGAUCCAGUUACUGUGAAAAAAGUGAAAAAGGAACUAGGAUAUACUGAACAAGGCUGGAGUGGCGACAAUGAGGCGCACAGAUGGACGUAA